AUGGAAGUUAGGAAUAGCGAUGGCAUGACAGUAUGGGUUCCAAACGAGGCCUUUGAAUUCCUCCAGAAAAUAUGGAAGCCCGAGUACCAGUGGGCUCCGGUCCCCGUGGACAAGGCGCUUGCAAGGGCGCCUGAGCAGAUCGCGUUUAUCCAGCCCCCAAGUCCUGUUCCGGGCCCAUCAGCAGCAGCACCUCCUCUGCCUCAAGACUCAAGUCCACCUGCGGAUGAGCCGAAACCACCACCAAAGUCGUCACUGUUGCAGGCAUUCAGGACUUUUGCGGGGCGGCGCAAAGCCUCGACAACAUCACCGGCGACACAAAAGUCAGAACCGCAAAAAGGACCGGUAGCAGCAAGACAGCCAACGUCAGAAAUAGCCGCGAAGGCCAUAGUUGAUUCGGAGCCGUCCGCUGCGCCGCCAGCACCACAAGCGGUCAAAGUACCCUCAUUGGAGUCAAAGUCGCUCGCAGCACCACCGAUUCCGCAGACACCCAAGGUCGUGCCCGGAACUCCGCGCACACCUAGGACGCCUAGGACCCCUCUCCCUCCGAUAGAGACUUCCUUGCUGGAGCGGCGAUCAAGAGUCUCUCGCGACAGUCCCGGAUCUGCUGAGAUCGAGACGGCCAUAACCGCCGUAUCAAGCCCGGGAGACACCGAGUCGCUGCAGACACCCUCCACAGCGACAGAGAUCGAGAGCCCGCGCACGCCGAGAGACAGCCUCAAGCUGAGGGGCAACUACGCCGCCCUCCCUUUGCCAUCGACCGGACGGGCGUCAGGGCCAAGCAAGCCUGCUCUCCAGCUGUCGCAACUCGAGUACCUGGGAAACGACAACUACCAGCCACCCCAAGGGCCAUGGCCAUCCGUCGACGACUGGCGCGGCUACCAUCAAGACAACCAAUGGCGCGGGUACCAGCACGCCCAUGACUUCCACCCAGGCGGGUGGGAAGCUGUCGACAACAGGCGCGCCCUGCCCAUGCCGGGCGACCUGUCCUCACCACCGGGGCCGUGGAAGCUCCAGGACGGCAGGGGCAACUACAAGCGCAAGGCGGGCACGCGGGCCGCGGCGUGGCAGACUCUGGAGGGGAACCGCCGGAACCUGGACACGAAGGACGCCUUUGUCACGCGGAAGCAGACCGACACCGCGUGGCACGGCAGCAAGAAGGGGUUUGCGCUGCGGAUGGACGUGCAUCUCAACGUGGAGGUGGAGAUGAAGGGGAGUGUCUCUGGGGACAUUACGUUGUCUGCUGAGGCUUUAUACGUGAGUUUUUACCCUCCUGGCACUCUGAAUGAUAUGUAUAUGAUGUAA